CGCUGCCUCAGACAGCCCCCAAGACCCAGCCAGCGUCGCGGAGGCGUCCGCUGACACACGCUGCCUCAAUGCACCUGUUGAUCUGUUUCUGUUGCACUAGCAGCUGCUUACUCAGAUAAUCCACGGCUGGAGACUCGGCGCACAGCCCUGCGUAAGACCAACAGUGUCUCGCCAACAGGAGUCUGCGGAAUGAAAACCGAAGACCGGAACAACAACGCCCCCUGUAUUCGAAUCGCCGUCCUCGGAGAUGUCGGUGUGGGAAAGUCCGCUUUGACGGUGCGAUUUUUGACGAGGCGGUUCAUCGGCGAGUAUCGUUCGGAUACUGACCUCCUCUACCGUCAGAGCAUCGUGAUUAACAACAUCCUGUUUGAUGUGGAAGUGGUGGACAUUACGGGAGAAACGAGGGACAGACGCCUGCCUGUGGAGCAGGUGGAAUGGUCGGACGCGUGCGUGCUCGUCUACUCCAUCACGGACCGGCGCUCCUUCAACUACAGCCAGCAGGUGCUCCAGCAGCUGACUCAGGCUGCCAGGCCCACAGCCCUGCUCGCCAACAAGGCCGACCUUGAGCACCUCAGGCAGGUGCAGCAGGAGGAGGGGCGGCGGGCGGCGGCGCGCGCGGGCUGCGCCUUCUACGAGGUGUCGGUGGCGGAGGACAGCGGCGACCUGUACGCCGCCUUCGAGUCGCUGCUGCGCGAGAUCCGCCUGGCGCAGCCCAAGGCGGCGCGCAAGUUCUCCGUCUCCAAGAUGCUGGGCACGCUGAAGGCGGGCCGCGCCGCCAGCGCCGCCAACGUGAACAGCGUCAGCUGCGUGCCCGCCGGCGCCGGCGGCAGCGUCGUCGUGUGUCGCGGCGCAGACCUGCACCACCGGCGGCGCGUCCUGCGCCGGAGGCAGACCUUCAGCGCCACCGCCUCGCUCUGA